AUGAAGGCGAAGUCCAAUGGCAAUCCGUUCCCCCUGCUCGCGGAAGUCGAGCCCGCGCGAUGCAAGAACGGGCGUCCUGAGGUUGGACCAGUGUACCGGCCAGCUUUCCACAAGCAUGGCUUCCCCAAAUUGGAGGGUAUCGAAACUUGUUAUGAUCUCUUUGAGAAGAGUUGCAAGCUGUACGGCGACUGCCCCUGCCUGGGCGAGCGCCCCAUCGGCGAGGAUGGCAGGGCGGGUCCGUACCGCUUUAUGUCGUACCGGGAGGUUUAUGCGGCGGUGGCGGCUGUAGCCAGCGCCUACACUCGGCUGGGUCUGAAACCCGGCGACCGGGUUGGUGUACUGGGGGCCAACUGCAAGCAGUGGAUGAUCGCCAUGCAGGGCAUGAACCGCAUGUCGAUGGUGUGUGUACCGCUGUACGAGACGCUGGGCGACACGGCCGUGGAGUUUAUCAUCAAACAUAGCGAGACCCGGCUGCUGGUCGUAUCGUCCUCAAAGCUAAAGGUGGUGUCGCAGGCGCUGGCUUCGUCAGCUGUACGACAAGUGGUCAAUACAGGAGUGGUGUAUUGGGGCGCGGCACCCCCCGAGGAUGUUCUGCAGGUGCGUGACACGGGCGUGACAGUGCUAUCCUGGGAGGAGCUGCUAGCCACGGGUGUACGGCAGGGGGACGUACGGCCAGUGAAGCCGGGGCCGGAGGACCUGUGCACCAUUAUGUACACGUCGGGUAGGUGUGUAUGUAUGUAUGUAUGUAUGUAUGUAUGUAUGUAUGUAUUGGUGGCCACCAUCGCCGCGAUCAAGGCGUUUCUGAAGAACUUCAAGGAGGACAUAGGGCCCUCGGACUCGUACCUGAGCUUCCUGCCGCUGGCGCACAUCUUCGAUAGGGUUGUCGAGGAGCUGAUGCUUCACGCCGGUGGCUGUGUGGGCUACUGGCAGGGGGACGUUCGCAAGGUGCUGGAGGACGUGGGGGCGCUGAAACCCACUCUCUUUGCCGGGGUUCCCCGCGUGUUUGAGCGAGUGUACAACGGCAUUCGGGAUAAGGUCGCGAGUGGCAGCUUCUUUUCCCGCCUCUUGUUCCACUGGGCCUACUACCGCAAGGAGUUCUACUUGAAGAUGGGCUUCAAGCAGAGCGUGGCCUCCCCCAUCAGCGACCUGCUGGUGAUGAGCUCCAUCAAGAAGAAGCUGGGGGGCCGGGUCCGGGUGCUGGUCAGCGGAUCAGCGCCGCUGGCGAACCAGAUUGAGGCGUUCAUGAGGGUGGUGUGCUGCGCGCCGUUUGUGCAGGGUUACGGGCUCACGGAGACGUGCGCCGCCUCUUUCAUCGCCAACCCCGACAACCCCCUGCACCUGGGGACUGUGGGUGCGCCCAUGCCCUGUACGGAGCUGCGGCUGGAGGCGGUUCCGGAGCUGGGGUACUUCCCCUCCAGCCAGCCCCCCCAGGGGGAGGUGUGUGUGCGGGGACCGGCGCUUUUCAGCGGCUACUACAAGAACGAGCAGCUGACUAAGGAAGCCCUGGACGACGACGGCUUCUUCCACACGGGUGAUGUGGGAGAGAUUACGGGAGACGGCACCCUCAAGAUCAUCGACCGCAAAAAGAACAUCUUCAAACUGAGCCAAGGUGAGUACAUCGCUGUGGAGAAGGUGGAGAACGUGUACAAGACGUGUCCCCUGGUGGAGCAGAUCUGGGUGUACGGCGACUCCACGGAGCCGUGCCUGGUGGCGGUGGUGGUGCCCAAGGAGAAGGCGCUGCUCAACUGGGCGGCGGAGAAUCAUCUAGACGGCGACUUCGCGGCGGUGUGCGACUCGCCCGCCGCCACGGCUGCCGUACUGUCGGCCAUGACCGCGACCGGCAAGGCGGAGAAACUGAAUUCGUUGGAGCAGGUCAAGGCGGUAAAGCUGGUUCCGGAGCAGUUCACGGUGGAGAAUGAGCUGUUGACGCCCUCUUUCAAAUUGAAGAGAGCCCCGCUUCUGAACCGCUACCGAGCGGCUGUGGACGACAUGUACAAGCGGCUCGCGGCGGAGGCAGCGGCGGCUGCGGCUGCGGCUGCUGCCGCGGCGAGUGCGAGUGCGAGUGCGGCUGCUGGCAAAGAGGCCAAGAAGGGCGGCAAGGGCGGCAAGGGCGGCGGUCCCGCCGCAUAGAUGGAAGAGACAUCGACGGAGAUACUUCUGCGGCGUAGAGGCGUCAGUACGACCCGUCAGUCUAUCGCCUCUACCACCACUGCCAUUUCCUAACCUUUCCCUUGCAUUGCAUACCGUCCCCUUUUCUUCUCCCUAUUCCUUCCGAUCCUGGUCCUCGGAGCUCUGUGCCCAUUGUGAAAGACGAGGUUUAAAAGACAUCGUCUUAUUUUUUGGUCGUUCUUGAGUUUUUUUUGAGAAGUUUCAUGUUAAGUGUGUUAGUGGGCGAAGGAAGUGAGCAGCGGUGUCCGCCGCGUCUUUCUCCGUUGUAUUUACUGGUUUGCGUUCACGAUGGAGGAAUGAAACCGAAACACCGCACCACCGGGGGGAGUUGUCGCGCGAACAGGACCCGCCCCUAAGUGAGGGAGGAAUCAUGACUUGAGUAGAGAGUACGUGCGCAUCCCUAGGGGGUGUGUGUGACGGGUGGAGGAUAAUGGCACGUGUAUUUGUAUAUGUGUCGGUCCUGUGUGAGUGUUUUUGUUGUCAUGCUAGCAUGUACGGCAAGCCCGCCUGUAGGGGAAGUUGAGAGGGCGCGAAAUUUGGGGGGAAAGGAGGGAGCUCCCAGGGCCCCUGGGGGAGCUCUGGGACAUUGCCAUCGGGUGGUUAGGAGCAUCCAUUCAUCCAUCCAUCCAUCCAUCCACCAAUCCCUCUUAUCAAUCCCUCCAAACCAAUGUCAAGUUAUGAAGACG